CCAGCCUUGCCCUGCUGAGCACACGCCAUGGCUCUGCGCCUCCUCCUGCCGCUGCUCCUGACGGCCGCUGCCCUCUUCAUCACCCAGGCUCAAGGCAUUAGCAGCUCGGCCCCAGACUGCUGCCUACUGCACAGCCAAAAACCAAUCCCCUAUCGAAUGGUGAAGUCCUACAGAUUCUUGGGACCCGAGACUGGAUGUGAGCUGCGUUCUGUUGUGUUUACCACCAAGAAAAACAGGAAAAUCUGUGCCUCUCCCACUGACCCCAACAUGAAGAAGUUGAUUGAGAAGCUGAACAACAAGCCCAAGACGAAGAAGAAACAGUCCCCGGGUGCCAAAAGCAGAAACAAGCGGCAGAAGCAGCAGCAGGUCUGAGUCAGGCCUGAAGAGGAUGGAUGCUUCCCCACCAAUGACUGACCCACUGCCCGGCAAUGGACAUCGACUGCCUACCCACCUGCUCGCCGGCCAUGGGGGGAGGACAGGGCUGCCGAGGGGGCUGCCCUCCGCCCCACAGCCCCCUCGGCACUGCUGUGCCUGCUGCACAGACCCCCCAGCCGAAACCCCUGCACUCGCUGGGUGAUUGCCAAAGCAGCAGGCACCCAGGUCCUCGCUCGCCCAUGGCCAUGCCAUUGGGCACCUGGACCUGCAUGGGAGCUGAGCCACGGCCUCGAGGGGGAAGUGGGUAGCUGUCCUACCAGAGGGGAUUUCUGUAGGCUGGCAGGAUGGCAGCUUUUCCUAUGACUUUUUAAGCGAGGUUUUAUACAUUUGUAUUUAUAUUUGAAGACUGUGCUUUCAUUCAUUCUUCCUGGAAGGCUCUACUUCUGUUUCCUUGCGCUUCACAGAGUACCAUUUAUGGCUGUAAGGCUGGCUUUUCUGGAAGAUUGCUCUUAUUUUUCUACCAAAUAAACGAUGGCUGCACUUCAUUUCCCUCUCACCUGUUUGCUUCUUUUCAGUUUGCAGGGCUAUGGGGUGCCAGGCAGGUCUCAUGCCCCUAUAGUCCUGCCCAGGCUGCUUGCUGGGUGCUUCCUCGCAGGGCAGUUAAUAGCAGCUGAGAUGGAGAGUUUGGGGACAGCAAUGGUGACAGUGUGGUUGUGUAUCUGAGCUGCUCUAGACUUUUCCUUUGCCUUUUAUAGCGUGCUCUUGUAGUGUAGUCUGGACAAAGAUAGCCAGGGUUUGUCCCUUUUGUCUUUUUAAAUUCUUUUUCAGGUUAAAAAAAUGCAAUGAAGUUGGAACAAACUGUUCAUUUUAGUGGAAUGUUACCCUUUUAUACCCCUUGGUUUUGCUGUUGUCAGAGACUCAGACACUGUUAAGCCUAAUGCUUAGUUUUCUGAAAAACAAAAAUCUCCAAACUCUCAUAUACUUUCUUCCCGAGUCUGAAAAGCCCACCAAGUGAAAACUUUGUGCAGGUGGGGAAAUGGAGGGCCUUGCAAAAUUCAUUGCAGACGUGCUGCAGCCAUUUGCAACUCUGUGCCAAACCUUUAGCAAAACGACAAGUCACUGACCCAAGGGCACCAUAAGGUGAGACUGCAAGUAGAGUGGGGGACAGACCUCUGGGACAGAGCUGUCAGUGAAAUGGCAUCUGCCCUGUGCUUGCAAGCCCUCUCCAGCACAUUGAGAAGGAGCAGGUUGAAGGGCUGUGCUGCAGCCGCAGCGCUAUCUGCUCGCAGAGAUUUCAGACGUGGACUUUGGUCAGUAAAGGUCUAGAAAGUCAUAAUUGUAGUAAUAGGAUUUACAGGGCUUAACAGUUAUCAGCAAAAGCGGUGUAUUGGCUGAAGUAAAGCUUGUAGCCGAGUGUUUCUAUUGAGCACAUUUAUCUGGCUUGAUUGCUUAUUGAGCAGGUGUUUAGAGCUAUUAUUUUAUGGCUGUGUAAAGAAACUGUGAAGUCCAAGACACUGUCUCUGAGUAGGGGACAGGUGCUGAGCUGGCUCCAUGCUGCCCUCUACUUCAUGUGGGAGCAUAUGGCUGGCAGACAGACCGGAAUUUGGACAGGAUG